CACCAACCUCGCACUUCUCCAACUUAGAAUCCAGGAGAAAGGAGAUGGAUGUGAAGAUGUACAGCCUACGAGAAAGAAAGGGCCAUGUGUACCAAGAGGUCAGCGAGCCCCAGGAUGAUGACUACCUUUAUUGUGAGAAGUGUCAGAACUUCUUCAUCGACAGCUGUGCUGUGCAUGGGCCCCCUACAUUUGUAAUGGACAGUGUAGUAGACAAGGGGCAUCCCCACCGCUCAGCCCUCACCCUGCCCCCUGGGUUGAGAAUCGGGCCAUCGGGCAUCCCUGAGGCUGGGCUUGGAGUGUGGAAUGAGGCAGCUGACUUGCCAGUGGGUCUGCACUUUGGCCCUUAUGAAGGACACAUCACAGAAGAUGAAGAGGCAGCCAAUGGCGGCUACUCUUGGCUGAUCACCAAAGGGAGAAACUGCUAUGAGUAUGUGGAUGGAAAGGACAAAUCCUGGGCCAACUGGAUGAGGUAUGUGAACUGUGCCCGAGAUGAUGAAGAGCAGAACCUGGUGGCCUUUCAAUACCAAAGGCAGAUUUUCUACCGAACCUGCCGGGUCGUCAGUCCGGGCUGUGAGCUGCUGGUCUGGUACGGGGACGAGUAUGGCCAGGAGCUGGGCAUCAAGUGGGGCAGCAAGUGGAAGAGAGAGCUCACAGCUGGGAGAGCGGAGCCAAAGCCAGAGAUCCACCCAUGUCCCUCAUGCUCUCUGGCCUUCUCCACUCAGAACUUCCUCAGCCGACACGUGAAACUCAAUCAUCCCUCUCAGAGUCUCCCGGGAGCAUCUUCAAGAAAACACCCCCAACCAGAGGAACCCUGUCCAGUGGAUCAGAAUCAGCAGCAGCAACAUAGUAGCACACACAGCUGGAAUGAUAAAGCUGAAAGGCGAGAGGUCAAAGAAAGGUCCGCCCCUUUGCUUCAAAAGAUCAGUCAGAGGAGAGUCUCAAGGGCCGUUUUGAAACCCUGCAGGGAACAAAUGGGAAGCUCUAGUGAGUCUGAGCAAAUGAUGCAGGAAGAGCCCAGCACAGGCCAGAGAGCGCAUCCAGAGAGCACAGAGAAAUUAUCUGUGGGAGGGGGAACAUCAAGAAUUGUAGCACUCGGGCAAGGAGGGUGUGGGCAAAGCUUCGACGAUGGGUCACAGCUCCUCACACACCAGAGGACACACUCUGGGGAGAAGCACCAUGUUUGCAGGGAGUGCGGGCGAGGCUUUACACGGAAGUCAAGUCUCAUCACACACCAGAGGACACACUCAGGGGAGAGGCCCUAUGUCUGCAGGGAGUGCGGGCGAGGCUUUACACAGAAGUCAGAUCUCAUCAAACACCAGAGGACACACUCUGGGGAGAGGCCCUAUGUCUGCAGGGAGUGCGGGCGAGGCUUUACAUGCCAGUCACAUCUCAUCUCACACCAGAGGACACACUCAGGGGAGAGGCCCUAUGUCUGCAGGGAGUGUGGGAGAGGCUUUACACAGAAGUCAGGUCUCAUCACACACCAGAGGACACACUCAGGGGAGAAGCCCUAUGUCUGCAGGGAGUGCGGGCGAGGCUUUACACGGAAGUCAAGUCUCAUCACACACCAGAGGACACACUCUGGGGAGAGGCCCUAUGUCUGCAGGGAGUGUGGGAGAGGCUUUACACAGAAGUCAGGUCUCAUCACACACCAGAGGACACACUCAGGGGAGAAGCCCUAUGUCUGCAGGGAGUGUGGGCGAGGCUUUACAGACAAGUCAGGUCUCAUCACACACCAGAGGACACACUCAGGGGAGAGGCCCUAUGUCUGCAGGGAGUGUGGGAGAGGCUUUACACGGAAGUCACAUCUCCUUAGACACCAGAGGACACACUCAGGGGAGAAGCCCCAUGUUUGCAGGAAAAGUUGAGUAAGUCGUUAGCAUUAAAUCGCAUCUCAACAGCCAAAGGACAAAUUAGCCAACACACACUUUUUACCUCAGCUCUGAGGGGACUUCAGAUAAAUGUACUGGCCAUUUACUCUCCCCAAGAGUGUCAUUUGUAAAGAAGUAACUGGCUAAACAAACCCUCCAUUUUCAUAACAAGAGAUAUGGUAGACAAAUAGCUCCUUAAAUGCUAUGGAGAUGUCAACACCAAUCUCCUCCAUGGGAUUUUGUUUUGUUUUGUUUUGCCGCCUGUUCUAAAUAGUUUUAUCUCCAUACAAAUUUGAAGCUCAAAUACCUCAUCCCCCUUAUCAGUGAAAGCAGAUGGUUCCAGGAGGGGCCCAGAGAACCCACACUCUCAGCAACAGAAACUCAGCUCCUGCAAAGGCGUAGUCUGGAAUUGGUCCAGUUAGGGUACUGCCCAGGGAGAGGUAUACAGAAGGGGGAGCCCCAAAACAUGGAAUUUAUUUAUAAAAAACUGUGGAUUUGUUCUUACAUGUUUAAAUUUCAGUCACCUUCUAAGUCUUUUCCAUUUGAUGCAAUACACCUAUCAAGAUGUUUUUUUCCACUG